GUGGGAUAACUAUUUAUUAUCAUGCAUCAAUUGACUUUACAUUAUAAAUUAUUUUCACGAUACAAUGUGUUUUGAUACAAACCCUUUCAAAUCAUUAUCGUCUCAUGACUCUCGUUUUGUUUUUGUGAACAGUAAUCAUUUAUCUAACACGUCUAAUAUUAGUCUGUGUGUAGUUACACGCGUUUCCUAAUGUAUACUGCACGAAAAAUGAAUUCAUCCACACAGAUACUACAAGGGAAAAGGAAGAAAUACGAAAAGGAUGCAAAAGAGGUAUCUAUGCCUGACGACGAAAAAGAUGUAAAAGAGUUAUCUAUGCCUGACGUCGGCAUUGAUGUAAAAGAGCUAUAUAUGCCUGACGACGAAAAAGAAAUAACACGAUCGCUAAGAGAUGACCCCAAUUUUAAACUCUGCGUGAAUAAUCUAUUAGAAAUGAAGAAACAGCUCGUCUUACAGAAUAACGACGCACAUAGUGUGUUUUUACGACCAGAGUGUCGGAUGACACCUGUCAUGUUUAACGCUUACCCUGAUUCACCAACAGCGCAACGAUAUAUGGAGGCUUUCGAUUUUUUCUUAUAUGGUUGGCUCAUUCUUAAAAACUACAACAAAGAUGUGGUUGAUAACGAGAAUGAUUGUGAUUUUUUACAGCCUGCAUUUCAUGCAUAUUGUUACGGUGAAAUGACCGAACAACACCUAUUUAGUCAAUUUCAACCUCCAGAAAAUACUUCAAAUUUAAUAAACCAGUACUUGAAAUUACGACCAAGGGACGUUUUAACUCAGUAUUUUAAAACAAUUCUUGUUUUUAACCCCAACUUAUCAAAGUACAAAUCAGAAUUUUUUUCCGAUUUCGAUUUCCAAAAAACAAAAAUUGUAACAGGCGAGGAAUUUAUACAUCAGCGUUUGCCAUACGCUGAUUUAUCAGGAGUCGACAGAUCCAUGCUCAAAAAUUUAUAUUAUCAACUAGGAGCAGUUUAUGUUACAACAUUUCAGGUAAAAAGGGCACUGGACUCUUUCCAGAAAUGCUAUGAUCUUGACAACACAAAUGUGUCAGCCUUGUACGGAAUAGCAUGUCAGUAUAGGGAAAAAGACCCAGAGAGAGCUAUCAAAUUGUUAUUUCAGUUUAUUGAUCGAGCACCUGAGUGUGAUAAACAAUAUCCAAACGCCCAUUACCAAUUAGCCUAUCUAUAUUUAGGGCAUUAUAAAAAUGAUCAAGAAGCAAUGAGAUACUGUAAUCUUGCAGAAAGAGCCGAAAAGAAAAGGCUUUCAUUUUUGUAUCCAGUUGACAUUCCUCAAAAGAGGAUGGUGCAAAUGUUCAAGUCAAUGUACCAGGAAUCUACAAAAUAAAAGCUAAAUCAUUCUGUUAGUUUUUGAAAUAAAGUGUAAAGUUUAACUGAAAUCAAAUAUACAAAAGGGAAACAUAACUUUUAAAUUUUCAAAACUUUUCUAAUAUACACAACACAAAACGAAUACCACUAAUGG